UCAAAACUUCUCAGGAACGAUAGGAAGGUGAUGUUCGGGGAGGGAUAUUUUCUAGCUUUUCCACUUUAACUUUUAUCAAGGGAUAUCGGAUGUCUCAAUCUGUUUUUGAACAUCAUCUAUUUGACAUAUAUACCCUUCUAUAGGCGUCUGAUAUAAUCUAGGAGCGUUAAAUAGAUUUGUGUAAAUAACAUAACUAUAUGAAUAUAUAGAUAUUUAUAGUUUAAAAAAAACCGCUAAUCAGACAGUUUCAAUCAUAUUUGAAUUUUCUAGAUUUAUCAGUGUAAUCACAUUUAUUAGAUAUUUGUUGAUAAAUUAGUAAUUAUCUUUAAAAUAUUCAUACAUCAUCUAAAUAAAUUAUCUUCAAAUUAACUUUUAAAUUUUAUUCUUAUUUUAAGAAUGAAGAACAUAAUGGUCAUAUCUUAAAAUCUAAUCAAACAGAUUCGAACGAUAAAAAUAAUAUCAAACGAAACUUAGACAAUAAUCAACUGCAAGAAGAUCAAAUCGAUAGUCAUCGACAUUAUAAUGAACAAUCGAAUUCUUUUUUCAAUAACGAAAAUCUUCACAACUCGAUGAGUACUCAAUCGAUUGUGAUUAAUUCCAGAGAUAACGAACAUGAUUAUGUUUUUAUUCCAAAUAAUCAGAUAUUAUCUGAUGAACUGCUGAAAAAACAACAAACAUCUAUCAAUAGAUUAAAAGAUGAUCAAACAAUGGGCAAAUUUCAAUACAAUAGAUCGAUAUCGCUCAAUCCUGAAUAUGGUCAAUCACAAGAAGCUAAUCCACAUAGAAGAACCUCUUUGACAAUUAAUCUUGAGAAUGCGAGAGAUGAAUCUCGAGAAUCAAUCAAUAAAACGACAAUAGUAAAAACAUAUUCAAGAAAAUAAUUCACUUUCAGUUGGAUCAACAAACAAUAACAACAAAUUAAAUGUUGAACAACAUGAACAAACAAAAAUAAUAUCUGAUGAUUACUCACCGGUAUUCUUUUAGAAAUUAUUUUCUUCUUUAUAGAUCGAAUCAUGUCUUAUAAUCAGACUAUUUUUUAAAAUAUUCACCUUGAUUAGUUAAUUGAUAGUUCUCUCAAAUAUUAACAAUUGUUCAUUCCAAAAAAGAAGGCGGAUGGCUAUUUUUUGAAUAACGUCUGAACGGAUUGAGACAGAGAGCUGCGGUUUUCAUCAUUGGAAAGAGGAGAUGAAGACUCAUCGAACCAUGUAUAAAAACAUUUUUCUGACUGCUUUUCUAACAGUUUUACAUAGAGCUUCUAGAAGAACAGCAUAUCUCCCAUGUUUGCAAUGUUAUUUUAUUGAUUUUGAAGAGUGUAGUAGAACCGACAGAUGAAGCAUUACAAAACUAUAUAAACAUUUUAUUCCUAACCACUACCAAUAAGAUAUCCUAGCCAUUGGAAUGCAAUUUAUCAUCCAAUUUUUGGAACAAAAUAUUCAACCGCCUUCAGUUUUGGAAUGAGCAAUAGAUCAUUUGAGAUUAUGAUUGAUUAUUAGAUAGGAUGAAUUUUAUUUGCUUCUAUGCUCAAUCUAUUUUAAUAAAAUAAACGAAAUAGACAAGAUUUUAGCUGAGUGUUUUAUCCAGAGCGGUACCCGGGGAAGCGCCCCCUCCGCCGAAAAAAAAUUUUUCGCUCUUCCAGAAUUUGAAAUCGUCCCUCCGGAGAAAAAACCUGGAUAAAACACUGUUUUAGCUUUAAACAGAAUGUUUCCUUAUUGUCGAUUUAUGAUUUUCAUUUACCAAAAUUUGAAUUAUCAUUUAUGAUAAUGAAUCAUUUUGGAAAAUUAAUAUUCUAAUUCUAUAUAUAAUAUAAUAUGAUAUUGUUAUAUACAUAGGAUAUAUCGAUUGCUCGAACCAAAUUUUGAAGGAAUACGAAGUCGAAUUGAACUGCUUGGUGAAUUAAUUUCAAGCAACAAACUUGAUUCAAUACCUGAUGAAUACGAUCAAAUGAAAGAUAUUAUUGCAGCCAUUGAACGAAACGAUCGUUUUCAAUCAGAUUCAGAUGGUAAACGUCUUCUUCAAUUAACGAAUGCAGCAAAAAGUAAUUUAAAUAUUGAUUUAUACAAUCUUGAUGUUGAAAUACAUCGUCAAUUUGGACUUCAUUCUGUUGAAGUUAUUGGCGACGGAGCAUGUGCCUUUCGAGCUACUCUCAUAUCUGGUAUAUUUAUUCAAACAAUACUAAUUAUUAACAAAUAUACUUGUUUAAAUGUAGGAUUACAUCAACCUGAUGUGUAUCAUAGUGAAUUACGUGAAAAUGCUAUUGAACAAGCAUUGAAUAAUAUAGAUUAUUAUUCAACUGUAUUAAGACCUGGUGAAAAGGUCAGUGAGAAAGAAUUGAAAGAUUGGGCCAAAUCAAUGGCUGAUUCAAACACCUGUGGAGACGAAAUGGCUAAUAUGGCUUUAGCAGAUAAAUAUCACAUUCAGUUGGUUAUUUUUCGUGCUGGAGAAUUACUUACUGUUGUCAAUCCACGUGAUAGAUAUGUUAAACAUAUAGCUUUUCUUGUUAAUGUCGGUACAUAUUUAAAGCUCUUGUAUACUGAACGAUCAAUAAAUGAAAUAAGUUUAGGUGGUUUACUUAUUUCUAUUGUUCUUCGUACGAUACAAUAUAAUAUGGCACGUAUGCGUGAUAAAUAUCUUCAUACAAAUUGUUUAGCUACAUUAGCAAAUAUGUCAUCACAAUUUCAAAAUUUACAUACAUGUGUAACACAACGGAUUAUUUCAUUAUUUAAUGCACUUUCACGUAAACAUUCGAAAAUAUUAGAUUUUAUACAACAACACUCUCGACAAGAAAAUACAGCAUCAUCAACACCAACAACAAUAACAAAUAAUAUGCAAAUAAUAGCAUCAAAUGAUGAAAAUUUUAAUGAAUAUAUUCAGGAUUUAUCGAUUAUUGAAGAUGUGAUGAGAAUGAUUUUAGAAAUAAUUAAUUCUUGUUUAACACAUACACUUCGAUAUAAUGUUAAUCUUAUUUAUGCAUUACUUUAUAAUAGAGAAAUAUUUGAUUAUUAUAGAACACAUCCAAGUUUUCAAGAUAUUUUACAAAAUAUUGAUACAACAAUUACAUUUUUUGCUGAAAAAAUUGAUCAAUUAAAAUACCGUUCAGCUGAAUAUGUUAAAGAAACAUUAGAAACAAGUGUCAAACAAUUUCCAUUAGAUCGUUUAAAAAAAUUUCCUGAUUUAAAAUUUAAAUAUGUUGAAGAAGAACAACCAGAAGACUUUUUUGUGCCUUAUGUUUGGAGUUUAGAUUUAAAAAAAAAACAAAAAGAAAAAUUUAUUAUGAGUUAUUCAGCAAAUGAUCCCGAUGAUUUGGUACGAAAAAAAAUUGAUCUUAAUCAUAUUACAAAUAUGAGUUAUCAAAUGCAUGUACCCGAUUCAAUUACGGUUGGUCCUAAUCGAUCAUCUGUACCUCGUCUUCAUAUAGAUGAUGAUCGAUUACCUGUUCGUAUGGAAGUACCUAACAGUAUUCGACUUGCUGGUCAGUCCAAUACAGAAAUUCCUAAUGGUACUGAAUUUUCCAAAAUCAAUGAUCCUAAUCAUUCAUCAGGUUCAACUACACAACAAACAUCAUUUCAUCAAUUAGAUGUUGAUCCUUCAAGUGAUGAUGAUUAUACAACAAUUGAUAAACUCGGUUAUAAUCAACCAAUCAAAAUUGGUGAUCAAUGGAAUCUUGUACCAUAUCCAGAACUUGAUGAUAAAAACAUAUUAAAUAAACUUCAAUCACUUCAAAAUCAGAUCCACCGUAUUGAACGAACAUUGGCAAGACGAGAUAUGCGCGAUCGACUUGUUUAUACUUUUGUUAUUGGCUAUAUUUUUCUUCAAGCUUUAUUUUCUGUUCGUCGUUCAAUGCUUAACUGA